UCUCUUCUCUCGGACUGUCGUUUCAUGAACAAAUGGAUCAGAUCAAUGGCUCUCAAUCUUUCCCGUGGCUCGUUUAUCACUCUAUGGAAUUUGGGAUCUCAUAUUCAAAAUCAUCAGUGAAUACAGAACUCGUAUCAGGUAAUCAACAUGGGUUUUCCUUUAAGUUUUUGAAUCCAAACCCCAAUUUAGAAAACAACAACAGAAUAGACCUGUUAGGUUGUAGUAAUGGUUUGGUUUUAUGUUGUUUAUCAAGUAAUCUGAAACCAAAUUCCAGACCAAAAUAGUAUUUUGUUUGCAAUCCACUCACAAAACAGUGGGUUUCACUUCCUCCAACUCCUACUAUGUCCACCACCACCACCCUUGCUGCUUUUACUAGUGAGACUAUUUCACCCACUACUUCUUAUAAAGUUGUGCUUAUAAUGCCUGAUAAGAAAAAAAUGAGGAAAUUGAACAUUCAAGUUUUCUCUUCUGAUGCGGGUAAAUGGAAUGUCUAUCAAGUAUCACACCCUGAGCCUAGGGGUUAUUUCUCUGACUUCAAGAGUUUAGUUGUCAUAAAUGGACAAAUGUAUUGGCUGGACGGGAAAAAUAUAUUAUCUUACAAUCUAAACAAUAACAAUAGCAUUCAAACCGGUGGCCAACAAUGUAGGUUGAUAAACUUCCCUGUCUUGUCAGAAAAUUAUAAUGAUGAAAGCGACAUUUUUUGUCUAAAGGAGUACAGAGGUUUGUUAUGUUUUCUUGCAAUUUCGAAAACCUCAAGGUAUUUGUCUGUCUGGGUGUUUGAGGAGGAUUGGAAUAUGGUGCACAAGGAUAUUGUGUUGCUUGAUUUCGUAGCGGGAAUGUAUAGAAGAUACAAUAUGGAAGAGUAUGAGGCUUUGGAAGAAGUUGACAGUGAAAGUGAAAGUAACAAUUGCGACAAAGAAAAUGGGGCUAUUGAAGACGUUGAGGUUAUAGGUUUUAGUCCAGUCGAUGCAAAUGUGAUUUUGUUCGGUUAUAAUGAUGGAGUUUGGGCCUAUGACAUUGAAAGCACAAAAUCCGAAGAGCUCAUCGAGCCUUCGUUCAUGGCUACGACAAAUUCGGUUGGAACUCGUUAUCGCGUCUACAACUCAUUUGCUAUAAAGACAAUGCCAACAGUGCUUCCAUCACCUUCGUGGAAAAGCACACCAGGAUCUGCAAUUCCGGACCAAUUGGAAAAGAAUGUGCUGAUCUAUGGCCAAGGAUUGCUAGUGCUGCCAAUGCAAUUGUUUAAGAUUACUAAUAGUUGAGAUUUGAGAAGUCUUAGCAUAAAACUUUUGGGGAUAGAUCUUUUUUAUCUUCUUCUUUUGGGGAAAACAGAACAGUUUUGUAGUAGGUUAGUUAUUCAGAGGAUAUGAGUUAUACUCCCUCCGUCCCUAAUUAGAUGACCUACUUGGUUUUAAGUUUUGUC